CCCCUCCCGCGAGACAAGAUGCCCAAAGGAAAGAAGGCCAAGGGGAAGAAAGUGGCCCCUGCCCCUGCUGUAGUCAAGAAGCAGGAGGCCAAGAAGGUUGUAAAUCCUCUCUUUGAGAAGAAGCCUUUGGCAUCGGACAGGCCUAAACGGCACCUGACCCACUUUGUGAAAUGGCUCCAUUACAUCCGACUUCAGUGCCAGAGAGCCAUCCUUUACAAAUGGCUUAAGGUGCCCCCAGCAGUUAACCAGUUCACGCAGGCACUAGAUCGCCAGACAGCUCCACGGCUUCUGAAGUUGACCCACAAGUACAGGCCUGAGACCAAACAAGAGAAGCAGCAGCGGCUGCUACCUCGGGCAGAGCAGAAAGCUGCAGGAAAGGGACAUGUUGUUACCAAGAGGCCCCCAGUGCUGAGAGCAGGUGUCAACACAGUCACAACUCUGGUUGUGAAAGCUCAGUUGGUGGGCUACACAUCAAAGGAUAGUUCAGGGCAGUAA